GCCCCCGGGCCGGGCGGAAGGGAGUGCGGGGGCGCGGCGGGCUGCCUGCGGGGCGGCGGUGGGAGAGCGUGCGGCCGGUGGGCGCUGGCGCCCGGGGAGCCGGGCAGCGCCUCGCCCUGACUUGGUGGCGCCGCUGCGGGGCACGCCGGCUCGGGGUCCUCCCCACCACUGAAGAGAGCGGAGCGACGGGAGCAAGAUGAUUGAAACACUUGUGACUACUGAAGCUCAGGAGCUGCUCUACCAGCUCACAGCCCUCCUGGAGCAAGAGUUAAGAUGUCAGCCAAAGGCCUCUGGCCUGAGACUAAUUGAAUCUGCUCAUGAUAAUGGCCUCCGAAUGACUGCAAGGCUGCGAGACUUUGAAGUGAAAGAUCUCCUGAGCUUAACUCAGUUCUUUGGCUUUCAUACAGAGACGUUUUCACUGGCUGUGAAUUUCUUAGAUAGAUUCUUGUCAAAAAUGAAGGUACAGCCUAAACACUUGGGCUGUGUUGGACUCAGCUGCUUCUACUUGGCUGUGAAGGCAUCGGAAGAAGAGAGAAAUGUUCCCUUGGCCACUGACUUAAUUCGAAUAAGCCAGUAUAGGUUCACCGUUUCUGAUAUGAUGAGAAUGGAGAAAAUCGUAUUGGAGAAGCUGUGUUGGAAAGUCAAAGCUACAACAGCCUUCCAGUUUCUACAACUAUAUCAUUCACUUAUUCAUGAGAAUUUAAGCUGUGAAAGGAGAAAAUACCUUAAUUUUGAGAGACUUGAGACCCAGCUUAAGGCAUGUCACUGCAGAAUCAUGUUUUCUAAAGCCAAGCCUUCUGUCUUGGCGCUGUCUAUUAUGGCACUAGAGAUAGAAGAACAAAAACUGCCGGAGUUGACAGAGGCAUUGGAAUUUCUGCAGUUGCAUUCCAGGAUAAAUAACAGAGAGCUGACCUUCUGGAAGGAACUGGUGUUGAAGUGCCUUACAGAAUAUUCUUCGAGCAAGUGUUCCAAACCAAAUGUUCAGAAAUUAAAAUGGAUUGUGUCUGGACGUACAGCACGGCAGCUUAAACAUAGCUACUACAGAAUAACACACCUUCCUACAAUUCCAGAGACGAGCUCAUAAUAGGAAUACAGUACAAUGAGGAGAGACCCAUCCUGUGACCUUGUCAACAGACACAUGAAUCUGAGAAACAAAGUCUGAAAUGUCAUCUUAAUGAAGAACUCAACUCCUGGGAAGAAUAUGUAAUAAAAAUCCUUCCAGCAAAUGUUCUUUUCAUGAUGAUUACAACAAUAUUCAGUGUCAGUUUUCAGUCUUAAUUGUUAGACUGUUUACUGUUCAGUGAAAUGCCACAAUACUGUUACAAGGAAUUUUAACUUCUUAUAGUUUGUAGAGCAGCUUGUGUAGUCUAACCUUGGUUUACUGUAACUGCAGGUGCUGACUUACAUACUUAGUUUAAAACUCUGGUUUACUUUCCAAAGAUUACGUGACCCUACGAAAACACGUGCAGUAGCAUAGUCCUGCAGUGUCUCUCUCACUAAAGACUAAUCCUGCUCUGUAUUGAUGACAAUAGCAAAUGCUGUUUGGGCACCAUCAUGUGUCCACUUGUUCCUGCUGGGCAGGGCACUGGCCUUCUGCCGUAGAAGCAUUAAAAAUAAAUAAAACUAGGCUGUGUGAUAUCCACUGAACAUGUCAAUUAGCUAGAGCAGGAGAAAAGAGAAGCCGUAUUCCAUUGCCUUAUAAAAGGUAGACACUAAUACAGCAGCAGUAGCUUCAGUGUUUUCAAAGAGGUGUGGUUUACUGAGAUUGAAAAUUAUUUCUUGGAGUGUAAAACCUUUGUGAUACCUAAUGAAGGCUGAGGGAAAGUACUGGGUCACCUGCCCUAAAUCUGACAUCGGUUUUCUCAAGUUUCACUGUGCAAGAGGUAAAUCCUGAUGCUGAAUGGGUGCAUUUUUAUAGGCACAGUAGGAGCAGGGCUAAUGCCCCAUCUUGGCCUAUGUGUAGGAGCAAUCUAGUUGUGAAACACUGAAGAGUGCCUCAACUAUGAUCUCUUUGAUGGCAAGUUUUGUAAAAUACAACUGAUUGUUUCUGAAGACCGAUCAGUACUUGAGGCAUAUGCUCCUGGUACUAACAAUGAAGUGAAUAAUAAGAAUGUAUUGUAUGUAAAAUGAAUAGGGGUGUUGGAGGAAUGUUGCUAAUGGCCUCCUGAGUUCUGUGUCACUGUGGAGCAGAGGCUGUUAGUGAUAGGCUGUUAAUUAAUUGCCAUAUGAACCGACUUGGUGGAGAAGGAGAGAUCAGAUAGUUCUGAAUAUAGUAUGGGCUUAGAUGUUGGCCAACCAGUUAUUUCUCCUUUAUGGUAAUUAGCUGAGGGGUAAACCAUUCCUUGUGUAUCUCAAACUGAUUAAACCUUUCACAGAAGACUUUAUACCAAAGCUCUAUACUGGACAAAACGAGCCGCCUCAUGAACUCAUGGGAGUGAUUACACCACAUAACGUGUAAUUGGGUUUUGCAUCUGCCAGAGCUAUUGCCGUUGUGCUGGCCUGUGAAAAGCAUACAAGUGCUUCGGACAAAGGUGUGGUCAGCCUGCUGAGAGAGGUCGAGAAGAUGCUGUGUGCAACUGUCAUGUCUCAAUAUUAAGAUGUACCUUUCAAUUAAAGAUUGAAUUGUGCUUAA